UCCGGUUGUGGGGUGACGUGUAUUUGCACACGAGCCGAAGACAAAGCGAGUUGUGUGCUGUGCGCAGCGCUGUUGGAAAAAGGGCGCUUUGAUUCGAUCGUGCUGAGCAUCGCUCGCUCCGGUGACCAUGUCCCCUGCCUGGGCACACCUCCUGGCAGUUACAUCACUGGUGCUGUUUGGGGCGUGCUCGGUGGGAGCGAGUGCUGACUGUGGCCCUGUUGCAGUGGAGACAGACAUCCGGCUGGCAGAGCAGACACAGAAGCAGCACCUGCAUGCACUCUUCCUGAAGUACGGACAGAAUGGCAGCAUAUCAUUGGCUGGUCUUCAAAGACUGCUGGAGGGAGUGGGGCUAGACCGCAUCAGGAAAGUAGUAGUGCAGCACCAUGGAAAUGAACACAAUCACACACACUCACAUUCACACUUACACCCACAUGCACAUAAACACACCACACAGACGCACUCAGUGUCCAGCAAGAAGGAGAGUGACGGUUCUCAUGUUGAAAAGAGUGACUCCACCCCCAACAUACAUUCUGAUUCCGUUUCUGGAAAGAAGAGCCAAUCAGAUGCUCACCAUAAUCUUUACAUGAAGAGAGCUCCUGACUCGACUGCACUUUUGACCACACCCUCUUAUGCCACAAAGUCCCGCAGAGCGAAUCGCAGUGCAAACUACAACCUCAUGCAGGACGCUGACUCCCCUCAGUCUAAUUCAACACACUCUAACCAGACUGAGAACUUGUCCGCACAUCACCUGGAUAACCAUGAGCAUGAUGAUCAUGAGCAUGAUCAUAUCCAGACCAGCCUUAACUACAGUCAAGAGUGCCAGAAUGCCACUACUAUUUUGCAGUCCCAUGGCAUGUCCCAAGAAGUUAUCCUCUCUGUACGAGACUUCAGUUUCCUUUGCCCUGGCCUCCUUGCACAGAUUGAUUCCAAGUCCUGCCUUCUGCAUCCUGAGAACCAGUCAGAUUAUAAAAAUCACUGGCACCAUGAUGAUCAUCAUCACCACCACCACCACCACCAUCAUCAUCAUCUACCCAGUGACAAAACACACAAGAGUUCUCCCAUUCAGAUUGCUUGGAUUGGUGGGUUUCUCGCCAUCACUAUAAUCAGCUUGCUGGCUCUGGUGGGCGUGGUCUUGAUUCCACUCAUGAACAGAGUCUGCUUUAACUUCCUGCUCAGCUUCUUGGUUGCCCUUGCUGUUGGCACACUUAGUGGAGACGCCUUCCUGCACCUUAUACCACAUUCUCAGGGUCACCACAAGCAUCACCAGGAGGCCAGUGAGAGCUUGGAGCACAGUCUGCAUGGAGACGAUGAGGAUUCUUUGAAGCCUGUUUGGACAGGACUGACAGCGCUGGGCGGAGUCUACGUCAUGUUCCUCAUUGAGCACUUCCUGACCCUUGCAAAAAUGUACAAAGACAAAAAACAGAAGGUGCAGAGAAGGGCAGACUUGGCUAAUGAAAUUUUGGAGUCAGAGAAACUGCCAGCUCUAGAAGACCAUGAUGUUAAACCCCUGGAUGACGCUGGGGCAAAUGGUAGGCAUGCAUGUGGACUCAGCUUACCUGAGGAAGAGGAAGUAAUGUUAUCUCAAAGCUGCUACACAGAUGAAGACUGUGAGAAUAAGUGCCAUUCCCACUUCCAUGACACGGUUGGCCAGUCAGAUGAACAGCACCAUCAUCAUCAUGACUACCACCAUAUUUUGCACCACCACCACUCCCAGAAUCAUCACCCGCACACUCACACACAUCGACACACGCAGUCAUACUCUGUCCAGCACUUUGAGCAUGCUGGGGUUGCCACCCUUGCUUGGAUGGUUAUCAUGGGAGACGGCCUGCACAACUUCAGUGAUGGACUGGCAAUAGGAGCAGCAUUUACAGAAGGUUUGUCCAGUGGUCUCAGCACAUCAGUUGCUGUAUUCUGCCACGAGCUUCCUCAUGAAUUGGGUGAUUUUGCGGUCUUGCUUAAGGCUGGGAUGACUGUGAAACAGGCAAUUCUCUAUAACCUACUCUCAGCCCUAAUGGGCUACCUGGGGAUGAUUACGGGGAUUCUGAUUGGCCACUAUGCAGAGAAUGUAGCCAUGUGGAUCUUUGCUCUUACAGCUGGACUCUUCCUGUACGUCGCACUGGUGGACAUGGUCCCGGAGAUGCUGCAUAACAAUGCCAGUGAGGCAGGGUUCAGUCACUAUGGGUUCUUUGUCCUGCAGAAUGCUGGCAUACUGCUGGGUUUUGGCAUUAUGCUCGUCAUUGCAGUGUUCGAACACAAGAUUCAACUCAGCAUAGACUUCUAAAUCCAUGAUGAUCAGUCACACCAAACCUAGUUGGUAGCUCCUAGGAUGAUACUUAGUUCCUUAUCAAUCCAUGACAGCAGAAUGGACAGUACCAUUGGCCAGUAGCCAUUUUCUGCUCUUACACUUGGCUGACCAUAUAGACAUUUUGCUGGGAACAGUCAAUUGAGGACAAAUGGGUAUUUUGGAACUUAAUAUAAUAAUUUGGUGAUUCAUGGAAAUCAGGUCUGUGACUUUAGUAGUUCAGGAUGCUCAGUUCAGUGAGUCCAUAAUCACCUGGUCAUCUCAGUCUGCUUGAUGUGUUCAAUGUGGUUUGCUCAGUUUUUUUUUUCUCUCGCAGAAGUUACAUUGUGGCUGUCAAACUUAGUCAUGCAGUGAAUAAUUUAUCUCCAGUUUAAAUAACCCUUAUCCCUGUUCAGAUACUCAGCAGUCAUGAUAGCCAGUCACAAACACUGACUAGAGUCUGUAAAUAUCACUGGCAUUCUGUAUUCACUUUGCCCUUCAUUCAUUCCAUCAGUGCAUCACUUAUCUUACUGUAUUUUUAUUGUUACUAAUGUCCAUUGUGGCAGCUUGUGUAGCAACUGUUAUUAUACAUGUUAUGUGUUGUUGAAUGUGCACGUGUACUUGUAUAAGUUUGGAGUAUGAUGGAAUUUCCUGUGUUUCACAUUCCAGUAAAGAUUCAGAGAAUCUCUGCGAGGUCUCUUUUUUCA